AUGGGCGAAAGUAGCAUCUUCGCAGUUGAGCUGAAGAUAGUGACGACCGGUGUCAUCCACCGAAAGCUCUUGCGGCUGAAGGACGAAGGGCCGAACGUCAGUGAUGACCGUCUGACUGGCAUGGACUCGGACGAAGACAGCGACGAGAAGGCAUCUGUUGAUGAAAACUUUAUCUUGGCUGAUCUAGACACAGAUACAUGUUACGACAAACUUGCCUGCGAAGAACUUCCCAUGCAGAUUGAACCCGAUUGGCUCACGGCCCAUCAUCAGGAUAAUAGUUUCAAAUUCAGCACCUACGACUAUCACCAUCAGCCAUUGGUCGGAGAUCGAGCCCAGCCCAUGAUCCGUGGCAACGAGUAUAUGCAUACCUGGCUCACAAUCCUUGAGCAAUACACUAAGUGCCGGCUUACAUUCCCCAAAGACAAGCUAGUGGCAAUAUCGGGCAUAGCAAGGCUCUUCUGUGAGCCUCUCGCCGAUACAUACUGCGCGGGGCUGUGGAUCCGACGAAUGCCAAUCGAACUUCUCUGGAAAAGGGGCAUCCGGGAUAUUCCAAAGCCUGCAGUUCCAAAAUCAACGCAAGAAUGUUAUCGAGCCCCUUCCUGGUCCUGGGCAAGUGUGGAUGGGCCUGUCACACCAGAGGCAAGCUACGAUGCAAGUCAAGAUACAGUCGUUAUUCUUGUGGAAAUCAAGAGUUGUCAUGCAGAUACCAAGACAGGUGAUGCUUUCUCUGAGGUGUUAAACGGGAUCAUUCGGUUAUCUGGGUUCUUAUCAAAAAUGCGACUCCGACCAGUCGCGGAUUCGGAAUCUGUUGCACACUGGAGUGCAUUCGUCUAUGAACUGUGGUUAGAUCACGCUGAUCGUUUGGGUCAGCCACGCAUUGUAUUGGAUCACAAGCCUCUGGAGCCGCAAGAAAUGUUUUGUUUGCCCAUCGUGCUUUUCCAUGGUCCUGACGAUUGGGAACUCGAAUGCCUUAUCCUAGUUGCAAUUGAAGGCAAGAAGGACACCUUCAAACGCUUUGGGAGAUUGACUAUUCCAGUCGACGAACUUUUGGUGGCAGAUUAUCGCAACCACGAACUUGGAGGCGAGGAGAGCGACAUUGAACUUGGAGACGAAGACAGCGAUUAUGAACUUCAAGCUGAGGAUAGCCAUGUUAAAGUUCAGAGCAGAGAUAGCGCUUGGCAUUAUUUCAUACUCUCCUUGAGUAAGCACAUCGAGACUGAUAUGGAACCUGACGAUUCGCUGGACUGGAAAACGAUAGCUGUUCCGGGGGCUGUCGAAAUAUCGAUCGAGUAA